ACCCCAUAAUGUUUCACUACACUACCCACCUAAUCAAUCACCUAUAGCUUAUAUAAGCUUCUGCAAUUCCUGGGUAGAGAGAGAGAGAGAGAGAGAGAGGUGCAGUGCAUGCUUGGAGACAACUUUGAAACUAUAAGGUGCCCUCUCUCUCUCUCUUACUGGUAUGUGGGAGUCUGGGGGUCUGUAGCACAUCUGCUUCAGCCCUCUUGUCCAUUUAAACAAAUAAAAAAAUAUAUUAUGCAUGAAAAGGGCUAUAUAGGAAGUUGGAGCCAUGGAAGGUGGAAACAGCUCAUUCAAUUCAGGGAAACAGCCAUUGGAGUUGGAAAUGCUGCAGAAAGAGCACGACGAGAAAAUGCAAAGAAUUCAAGAGCUGAGGCAACAAAUUGCAGAAACGAAGAUUCAUCUAGAGAAGAAGAAGAAGGAAGUCCCAGAGGAGAAAAUGGAAGCUUUCAAGACCUUAACUGACAAAUAUAACAGAAUGAGGGAUGAGUACAAUGCACUCUUGGCUGACAAGUUAAAGAAAGCCAAAAAGUAGUAGUAAUUAAAUUAAGGAAAAUGUUUGGUGGUCACAAAUUAUGUGGCUCAAAUGGCCCGAAACUGUCAAAACGACGUCGUUUUGUGUCGUUUUGCACCCAAAACAAUAUCGUUUUGGAUGUUUUGAACCAUUUCAGCCACAGAUUUUAUGACCUCCUAGCAUUGCUGUUAAAUUAAAAGUCUCAUCUCAUGAUCAUCAGCUAGUAUCCAUAUCCAUAUAUAGAAUUGCAAUUUGGUUUUCUUAUUUUAAAAUCUAGUAGUUCAUGUAAUGUAGAAUGUUUGUUAAUUUCUCUUUGACAAUGUAGUACUGUUUUUUUUUUUUAUCAAAAAAGACUUAGACCCC